AUGCACUGCGCUGCACGGUACUGCGGCAUCAUCGGCAUCAUCAACGGCUUCUUCCUACCACAGCCGCAGGUCCACGACAGCCUCAAUUUGGCAUGCUCAAAUAUUCUCAGGCAGCUAUCCUCCUAUCCAUCCCGUAGUUCCAUGUCUAAACAAAUCAACCCCAAACUAAAACAUACCAGUCUGUCACCACCCGCGCUCAUCUUCAAGCCCAGUCGCAGUAGCAGUAGCCCAGUGAAAUACCAUAUGGACAACUUUGCCCAUGUCCAUUCUCAUUCAUGCAACACAACAACGACAACCAUGACAAUUCUACCGCCAGCAACCCCUGCCGCGCCUGUCCGCCCCGUCCCACCUCAAUUCAGCCCUGCCGCAGAAGCUUUUCCUCUUUGCUUGGAACUCGAGCUGCGCCCACCUCCCCGGGCGGUCCCUCGUACGUGGCCGAUUCAUAUGUCUGUUUUCGUCUUGACCUUGGUGGAAGAGAAGAGAAGAGAUAGAAAGAAUGGCAAAAAUAAAGAAAAAUCGACGCCUCAACCUGGCGCCGUGUUGCUUGGCUGUGCGCUUCGCUCGCCAGUUUUGGUGCACUGGUGGACUACACAAGACAGCUCAACCCAACUCACAACUCUCCCCAUGUGUUUUCAAAUUGUUGAACUGUACUCGGCCUGCCGCUGCCUCUACUACCAGCACGCCGUCGACCGCUGCCCCUCCUACGGCCGCCGCGGUCACGCCGUACUGGAGCGCCCCAUUCUGGUCGGCUACGCCUGCACCGCCCACGCCUCCCGCCAGGCUGCCGCCGCCAACCACCACACAUACUCCGACUCGGGCUACAGCAGCUACCGCUCCAGCUCCAAGGGCUACAAGUGA